AUGGCAGCACCAUGGCGAAUGUGGACUAUUGAAAAGCAAGACAAACUUGCUGAACUCUGGCAGGAACAGCGAGAACUGUAUGAUGUGUCAUGCAGUUUGUACCAUGACAGGGUCGUCCGAGAUGAUAUUUUACAGCGGAUCGCCCAAGAGUUACAGUUUACAGUACACGAUGUCCAAACAAGAAUGGCCACUCUCAGGACACAGUUUGGGAAGCUAAUCAAGGAAAAAGCAAGUGGUAGUGGCUUUAAACAGCCAACAGCAAGGCAGAAAUGGAUAGUACAACACUUGCAGUUCCUGAAGCCCUUUCUUUUGCAAAGACCAAGUCAAAGUAGUUUGGAACUUGAAGAAAACACUGCUGCUCUAGGAGGAGAAGACAGUGAAAUGGAUAAUGAAACUGAUCUGUCACCUGGUUUAGAGCAGAGUUCUUGUGACACACCUUGUGAAAAUGACCAACCUGCUUCUGGACCGCCUGCCCCUGGAUAUCCUUUGUGUCGGGCCAAGUACAGGAGUAAAAAAAAUGAAAACAUUGAGCAACAAAAAAUAGCAAUACUCAACAAGGUUGCAGACCGAAUUUCUAAUAGGGAGGACAAAGGGGAGUAUUCCUUUGGGAAACAGGUAGGGGCGGAACUUGGGCGAAUUAAAAAUCCGGCCCUAGUAUUGAGAUUAAAAAGGGCAAUAAUGUCGCAGAUUUAUGAUGCACAAGAAAGUGAAAUUUCAGUGCCUCAAAUGCAAACUCACCCAGGCUUCCCUAUGUCUGGAAGUUACUAUUCUUCACAUCCAACAUACAUUCCACCACCCACACCAACACCACCCCCACGGCCUUUACUGUCCCAGCCGAAUUACACUGUAGUGCAUCAUGUAGAUGACACGGGGUGCAAUCAGCUCCAAGAGCUUUAAAACCUUUUUUUUUUUUUUUUUUUACUAUUUUGGCUGGUCGUUUAAAAAAGCUGUUAGUACUUUACAUAUUUUGAAUGUUAUGUUAUUAUAUAGUUCUACUACUGGAAUGAGCAAUUAACAUACUUUCAGGAAAAAAACAGAAACAUACCAGUAAAGUAUUAAUACCAAAACAAUGUUUUUCUGUAUAAAAUCACAGAAUGCUUAUUCUUUUAUAAGAAACUGAAGUUUAUUUUAUUUGCCACAAAGUUUUA